AAGGUGUCAAUAUAGUUGUUUGAGAUGUUUAAAAAGUAACAAAAUAGUUAAAAAAAGACAAAUGUAUUAAGUAACCGAGGGAGUAGAUAAGUUAACUAGUGUGAUUAUGAAGAUUAGUUGACAAAAUUAGACUAUUUAUUACUAAUACAUUAAUCCUUGUUCUGAAACUGUAACCACCUCCUGCGUGUGAGAGAGUUAGCACCGUGACACAAUGGCAGCUACCUUGCAAACUCCGCUUCAUGCAUCUAUCUCCUCCUCUCCCGCAUCAUCAUCAUCUUCCAUUCACGCAACCAGAUCCCUCUCCUUCCUCCGUUCCACACCGCCACAAACUCUCCUCUUCAACUUCAAACACUCCUCCCCUCGAAUUCGCUCUUCCUCCGCUGACACCGUUAUCACUGAAUUGGAUGCUGUUUCGGCCUUCAGCCAGAUCGUUCCAGAUACUGUUAUUUUCGAUGAUUUCCAAAAGUUUCCUCCAACUGCUGCUACUGUCAGUUCGUCGCUUAUUUUGGGGAUAUGCGGUCUUCCAGACACUAUUUUCAGGAAUGCUGUGGAAAUGGCUUUGGCUGAUUCUCAAUGUUACGGCCUUGAAAUUCCUAAUGAAAGACUAUCUUGUUUUGCCACUAAGGCUUUGGUGAACGUUGGUAGUGACAUGGCAAAGCUCGUUCCUGGCCGCGUUUCAACAGAAGUGGAUGCGCGUCUUGCUUAUGACACACAUGGCAUUAUCAGGAAGGUGCAUGACCUGUUGAAGUUGUACAAUGAUAGUAAUGUCCCUCAUGAACGUCUGCUAUUUAAAAUUCCUUCAACAUGGCAGGGAAUAGAGGCUGCAAGAUUGCUGGAAUCCGAGGGCAUACAGACACAUUUGACUUUCGUUUACAGCUUUGCCCAAGCUGCAGCUGCUGCUCAAGCUGGUGCAUCUGUGAUUCAAAUUUUUGUUGGUCGCAUCAGGGACUGGGCACGUACUCAUUCUGAUGACGAAGAGAUAGAAGCUGCCAAGCUGAGGGGAGAGGAUCCCGGGUUGGCAUUGAUCACAAAGGCUUACAAUUAUAUUCACAAAUAUGGACACAAGUCAAAGUUGAUGGCAGCAGCAGUUCGCAACAAGCAGGACUUAUUUAGCCUUCUGGGGGUUGAUUACAUCAUAGCUCCCUUAAAGGUGUUGCAGUCUCUCAAAGAAUCUGUUGCUUCUCCUGAGGAGAAGUAUUCUUUUGUUAGGAGGCUAUCACCUCAGUCUGCUAGCAGAUACACAUUUAGUGAUGAAGAGCUUAUUAAAUGGGACCAAAUGAGCCUUGCAAAUGCCAUGGGACCAGCAGCGGUGCAGCUUCUGACUUCUGGGCUGGACGGUUAUGCCGAUCAAGCAAAGCGGGUGGAAGAUUUAUUCGGGAAAAUUUGGCCACCACCAAAUGUAUAACUUUACCUCUUUAUGUUGCUCAAUAGAUGUUUACCUUGAUGGAAUAAACUGAACAUUGAAUGGAAUCUUCUGAUCGUUUUUUCGUUUC